UGAAUGUUGCUGAGUGCGGCGUCAAACUAAACUCUCUCACUCACUCUUUCAAUUCAAAGGAAAUGCAAGAUCAUUUGUUAUGCAGGUGGGUCCCUCGGCUGUCAGAGAUUUAAUUCAGUGGCACUUCCCAUAAUGACAUGGCCCACUUACUAGUCGACUAUCUUGGUGCGUUCAAUGUGCAAAUCACAUACUCAGUGUGACUUGCAUACUAGUAUUUGCCUUUGUACAAACCUCAUACUGUCCCUCCGGACAUAUAUCAUCAACGUUUCCACAGAAAGGUGACGACUGUGUUCCAAUAUGGCAAACAGGGUAGAGGAGGCAAAGGGAUGUGGUUUUGACAUACCGCUUGUUAUGUACGAGGAACGAAUCACUCAGGAACUAAGUCUCCCUCAUGUUGUCACCAUGAAGUCUCGUCGACUACGUAAGGACGACAUAUUUAUAACAUCCUAUCCGAAAUCAGGUACACACUGGGUGUGGGAGAUAGUCAACAUGAUUGUGGCCGGCAAAGCAGAGUAUGCCAAACACUGGCAGAACCAGGCUUUCCUUGAGUUCAGAAGUGAGGCGGAACUGGAUGAGAUCCCGUCUCCCAGGAUAUUCUUCACCCAUCUCCUACCUAGACAGAUGCCAAAAGAAGUGUGGGAAGGAAAGUGUCACGUGAUCCACAUUGACCGGAACCCCAAAGACGCCAUUGUGUCUUUCUAUGCACAGCAUACAAACCAAAACUAUCACAACAAGUCUAAACCUGCAGCAUUCACAGGCACGUGGGAUCAGUAUGUCCAUGCCCACGUCAAGGGAACUGUCCCCUUCGACUCCAUUUUGGAGCAUGUCUUGGCAUGGAGUAAGGUCCCUGAACUGCAUCCGGCUGUGCCCUACUGUCAAGUUCAUUACGAGGAUCUAAAGAGGGACGAUGUGGCUCAAGUAAGGAGGCUGGCGGAGUUUCUAGUACGACCCCUAGAGGACAAGGUGUAUGUGGAGAUAGCCAAGGCAUGCAGGUUUGAAAAACUGAAACAUGCAUCUGAAAAUAUAAAGGAUCAAACGUUCCACAACAAGUGGAACAAGGGCUCGACGGGUUACUUCAGGAAAGGGGAGUCUGGUGACUGGAAGAACUGGUUCACGGUGGCGCAGAGUGAAACUUUUGACAGAGCAUAUGAAGGAACGUUUCAACGGAAGUUUCCAUACUAAAUUGUUUUUACUUUAGUCCUUUUUAAGAAGGAGAGAUGCAGUAUUUUCGAGAAAAAAAGUUUUUGUUAAUGUGUCUAAGAACAAUCCAUCUGAAUAGAGUCUAUGUGGGUGCUAUCCCCAUUAUAACACUGAUUUUACUAAAUAUUGAAAAACCUCCAAGAACGGUUUAAGAAUCGUGAAAUAGAAAUAUCAGUUGACACAAAAUAGUAUUUAAGCUAAACAGAGAGCGGUACAUCAGAUAUAUACAAAAUGUAUAUUAUUAAGGUGUGGCAGUAUGCUGACUGUUUCAUAACCGGGUUUAUUACACACCCGUGGGUGAGAAACCAAUGUGAGAAAACUGGUAUCAAACAUUUGUGCGAGAU